AUGUACGCUGAUUUCAUCGCCGGAUGGGCUGCUGGUAAGUCGAAUUCUGAAAAGUGAUUCAGCAAUAUUUAUGUUUUAGGAGGAGCUGGUCUCCUUGUGGGACACCCGUUGGAUACCGUCAAAGCACGUCUUCAGACGAUGAAUGUGUACAAAGGGAUCGUGGAUUGUAUAGUCAAAACUAUGAAGCAGGAAUCGGUAAGUUCUCUUUACUUUUUCUUCUAGCCUUAUGAUGUACUGUCUGUCAGGUGUACGGUCUCUACAAGGGAAUGUUCGUGCCGUUCCUCUCCACGGGCGCUCUUCACUCACUGCUCUUCGCUGGCUACGGAGCCGGCCUGAAGUUCCUCCAUCCGGGAGACUCAAAUGUGAUGGCCAGAAAAGAUCUGCCAAUGACUGAUGUGAGUAUUCAGUCACCGUUUUAGAUUAUUUCAAACUUUCAGAUUCUGAUAGCAUCAAUUUGUGGGACUCUUGUUCAAGUGGGCCCUGUGAUUCCUGUGGAAUUACUCAAAACAAAGUUGCAAGUGAGUUUAUCCUGCUUUUCCUGGAAACAUCUACGGUUUCAGGUACAACGAGAAAACGUGGCCCAUCACUCGAAGCACUCUAAAAAUUUGUACGCCGGUCCGAUGGAAUGUGCUCGUGAAACCGUCAGAACCGAGGGCAUUCGGGGACUGUUCAAGGGCGGAAGUGUCGUUUUCUUCCGCGAUAACAUUGGAUAUCUUUUUUACAUUCCUGUUUACGAAGGGCUCAGCAGAUACUUUCGGAGCCAUAAUCUCGAGAACACUUGGACUCAGGUACCCGUUUCAGUCGUUUCUCAAUUUGUUCCCAACCUGGUCCUUUCAGCUUUUCGCCGGGGGCUGUGCUGGAAUCAGUGGAUGGAUCUCCGUUUGUCCGCUCGAAGUGGUUAAGAACAGAAUGCAGGCGGACAAGAGCCACCGGAUAUUGUCUCCCAAACAAGUGACCGUCAACAUCUACCGGGAAGAAGGAGUGCGAGCAUUCUACCGUGGCGGCUGGGCCAUCUCUCUCCGUGGUUUCGUCGUAAAUGCCGUCAUUUUCGUCGUCUACGAGAAUACCUAUGCAAUGUUUGAUCGAUCAUAAACGAUUUGUUUCCCACGGGCUCAAAGAGUUCCACUGUUUGCACAAUUGAAACUAGAAGAAUGCCACAAAACGACUCGGAGAUCAUCAUUCUUCUCAUGAAACGACAGACUUCUCUUAUCAUGUGGCCCUAUACAUUUCCCGUAACCUAUACCUUUUCUUCUUCAAUUUUUGCAAUUCAAUGCCAGGUGAUGACCCAGAAACUUUGUCGACAAUCGCUCAUUUCUGGCUGCUUUCCUUCUUUCCGAUCGAUCUUUCUCUAUCCGUUUUUACUCCGUUCAAACAACCAUCUUUACACUUCGUGGCAGGCCGUUUGAUGACCGCCAACUGCCACCUAUCCGUCUUUUUCCACUUACGUCCUACAUUAGUUUCCCCCAUUCGCUCUGUGAUCCCAGGCUGAUCAUUUCGCCAAACAGCACGUGGUAUCAAAAGUUGGCUCCAAGCGUGUUCGUUGGGCUUGUGUACAAUGUGUUUGUGCCGCGGCUUUUGGUCGUCGUAUCAAUGUCGAAAAUACACCUGCCAACAGUGAUACCAAAGUAAUCAACUCAUUUCAGGAGGAUGCUUCUCCCACUCCUUCUUCUUCUUCUACUGGCCACCGGCGCUGCUUGUCUGGACAAUGGGUUGGCCAGAACUCCGCCGAUGGGAUGGAUGUCUUGGACGGCAUUCUAUUGCGAAGUGGACUGUGCCAAGCACCCUCGUGGAUGUAUCAACGAGAACUUGUACAUGGAGAUUGCCGAUCAGCUUGGUGAGCCUUUUUUCGCUUUUCUGUUUUGUUUUCACAUUUUUAUCUUCUCUGCAGUGUAUGAUGGAUAUGAUCGAGUCGGAUACAAGUCCGUUCACAUUGACGACUGCUGGUCCGAGAUGGAAAGAGAUUCAGAGGGAAAAUUGGUGGCCAACAAGACCCGGUUCCCGAGUGGAAUGAAGAACUUGGCUAAAUAUGUGAGUGGAAGAAAUUCACUGAUUCCAAAUUAGAAUUCAUCUCUUACAGAUGCACGAUCUCGGGCUACACUUUGGAAUCUACGAGGAUUACGGAACGAAGACGUGCGCCGGAUACCCAGGAAGUUACCAGCAUUUGAAGACUGACGCGCAGACCUUUGCGGAUUGGGAUGUGGACUAUCUGAAACUGGACGGAUGCAACAUUGAGCAGUCGCUCAUGCCAGUCGGAUAUCCCCAAAUGGAAAGAGAACUUAACGCCACUGGCCGCCCGAUCGUGUACUCGUGCAGUUGGCCCGCAUACCUGGUUGACCAUCCGGAGCUCGUAGACUACAACGUCAUCGGAAAAUCGUGCAACACUUGGAGAAACUUCGAUGAUAUCAAUUCGUCCUGGAAGUCUAUUCUUUCGAUUAUCGCCUAUUACGACAAGAACCAGGACAAGCACAUUCCGACGCACGGUCCCGGCAAAUGGCACGAUCCGGAUAUGCUUGUGAUCGGAAACAAGGGGAUCACGCGGGACAUGAGCAUUUCGCAGUUCACCAUCUGGAGCAUCUGGUCGGCUCCGUUGAUUAUGUCCAAUGACUUGCGAAUCAUUGGCGACGAGUUCAAAGCGAUCCUUCAGAAUAAAGAAGCCAUUGCUAUCAAUCAGGACCCGCUCGGCAUCAUGGGAAGGCUUGUUCAGAAUGUGAGUCAGACGGGGGGUUUGUGUUAUGAUUCUGUUUUUUUCAGAGCACGGACAUUGCCAUUUACGUGAAGCAGAUCACUCCGUCGAAGGGCGAUAAGAGAUCGUUCGCCUUCGCUGUUCUCAAUAGAAACGAAAAUAAGACUUUUGUAAGCGUAAGACAUCUAGUUUCUCUUGAAUACUCCAAGACUUCCAGGAGGACAUUGAAAUCGUUCUCGAGAAGAUCGGACUGACCGACCUGGCCGGCUACCACGUGCACGACAUCUGGGCAGGCGUGGACGUUGGACUGGUCCGUCCGCAAGACAGCAUCCUCGUGAACCUUCUGCCGGCCGGCAGCGUCUUCUUCCGUGCCAACGUGGCUUCUCUGCCCCGCCCGAAGCCGAAGAGACGGUAUCCUCUCGACAACUCCAACGUCGUCUAUGCCUAUGAGAAAUCUCAACUCUCUCGCAACCUCGUGCUCUCCGACUACCUCAGGACAAACAGAGUCCAGUUCUAA